GUCCAGUCAGCAGCCGGCCCUCAGUGGCUGCCUGCCCGCCGGGGCCCCCGGCCUACCUGGACCUGGCCUACCUGCCCGGCAGCAGCGCGGGCCCGCUGGACGCCGAGUUCUUCCUGCGAGUGCGUGCGCUGUGCUACGUCGUCAGCGGGCAGGACCAGCACCGGGAGCAGGGGCUGCGGGCUGUGCUGGAUGCGCUGCUGGAGGCCAAGCGGCAGUGGGACCGAGACCUGCAGGUGACCCUGAUCCCCACCUUUGACUCGGCGGCCAUGCGCAAGUGGUACGAGGAGACGCACGCGCAGCACCCGGCCCUGGGCAUCCGCGUGCUGGGCAGCGACAGCAUGGUGUUCACGGAGGACGACGCCUUCCCGGCCUGCAAGCUGGUCUUCUAGCUGGCGUGAGCACUGCACCGCCGCGCAGCUCGGCCUCGGCCGCAGUGAGCCGAGUUAGCGGCCGCCUGCCUGGGCUGGCUCUGAGGGCGGCGCUGCGGCCCCCGCGGCAGACCGGCGGUUGAUGACUUGCGCAUGGGGAGGCCCCCAGUGUCACUCACCUGCUCUUGGGGUGUUCGGCAGUACUGGCAAUUGGGCCCAAGGGCACUCCUAUUGUUUUAUUUUGAGACCGUCUGCUGAGUAGCCCAGGCUGGCCUCAAACUUGGGAUUCGCCUGCCUCAGCCUCCAGAAUAGCUGGGCUAGUAGGCAUGUGCCACCACAACGAGCAACGUACAUAUUUUAAUGUUACGUAAUUCACCAUGUACCCUGGGCCAACUGGCGACCCCCAAGAAACCGUCUGUUCAGAUUGUGACCCCA